AUGGCCGAGUCACAGAACAAGAAGGACCUUGCCCACGCGAGGACCAAGGUCAGCUUCAAUGUCAAGGACAUGACCAACUUCCUCUACCAGGGCGCCGCCAAUGUCGACCAACGCAGAUACAUCAUGGACCUGGUCGCGAAAGAGCCUAUCUUCAACAAGGACGACUGGGGUUGGUUGAGCCAUACGGACGCGGUCAAGCGCGGUAUUGCCAUGUCGACUCGCCUGGCCGAGCUCAUGAUGGAGCACGACCUCAACGAUCUCGACUUUGCCACCAUGAUGGAGGCCAUCGAUGACACCCUCCCAAUCGUCCUCCACAAUGGUGCUUUCAUCCCGGUCAUUACCGCGCAGGGGACAGAAGAGCAGAUCGAGAAGUGGAUCCCUCCAGCUCAAAAGUUCCAGAUCAUCGGCUGCUACGCCCAGACGGAGCUUGGUCACGGAUCGAAUCUCUCGUGUCUCGAGACCACGGCCACGUUCAUCAAGGAGACGGACGAGUGGGAGAUCAACAGCACGACCUUCACGGCUGCAAAGUGGUGGAUCGGUGGUCUGGGCGCCCUGUGCACCCAUGCCGUCGUCCAGGCAAGAUUAUUCAUCGAUGGCAAAGACUAUGGUGCACAUGUCUUUGUUGUGCCUCUUCGAUCGCUCGACGACCACAAGCCCUUCCCUACUGUCCAGGUCGGUGACAUCGGACCCAAGGCAUACAACGGUUUCAACAAGAUGGACAACGGAUUCGCCCGCUUCACCAAGCAUCGCAUCCCUCGUGAGAACAUGCUGAUGCGCUUCUCCAAGGUUUCCCGCGACGGUGUCUUCACCAAGCCUCCCCACGCCAAGCUCUCGUACGGCUCGAUGGUGUUGCUGCGAUCUGUUCUCAUUAAGCAAAUGGCCCUGUACCUCUCGCGCGCCACAACCGUCACGACCCGCUACUUGACCGUUCGCCGUCAGUUCAACAACCCGACGACGCGCAACGAUGCGGAUCUCAACCCCGGUCUGGAGACCCAGGUCAUUAAUUACCCCAUGGUCCAGAAUCGUCUCUUCCCGAUGAUCGCCCAGGCCUACGCCCUCUUCGCCGCAGGCUCCGUUAUGAUGGAAAUGUACAUCAACUUGAUGACGAGCAUUUCCACGGGUAACAUCGAUGCCCUGGCCGAGGUCCACGCCAUGUCUUCAGCACUGAAGUCUUACUGCACAACCAUCGGAGCUGCUGGUACGGAGGAGUCCAGAAAGCUGAUGGGCGGGCAUGGUUUCUCAUACUUUACGGGAUUGGCCCAUCUGUUUGCCUCGAUCGUACCCUCGAACACGUAUGAGGGUGAUAACUAUGUCCUCACGCAGCAGAUGGCCCGCUAUCUGCUCAAGGAAGUCAAGACCGCGCGCACGAGCCCCGAGAAGGUCACACCGUACUCCAGGUACUUGCUGCUGGCCCUGAACAAGCCUGCGUUCGAGCGUACGACGUGUGCGGUCGCCCGGCCAGAGGACUGGCUGAAGCCCGAGAUCCAGCUCGCGGCGUUCGAGCACCGCUGCGCGCGUCUUGCGUUCGAGUUGAGCGACGCCGUCGAUGCCGCUGGAGCCGACCCAGCGAACAGCAAGACCUGGUCGGACCACAACAUCGAAUGCUACCGCAUCUCGCACGCUCAUGCACAGUAUACCAUGGUUCUCUGGUUCAUCAAGGCCGUCAAGGAUGCCCAGGACCCGGCGGCGGAUGAGGAGCGUCGUGCGGAACCCGCAUCUGUCAAGGUACUCGAGAUCCUCUCGAACUUGCAUGCCCUGCACACCAUCCAGACCAACCUAGUGGACUUUGUCGAGGAUGGUUACCUCUCGCCUGCUCAGUGCCUGUCACUCAGAGCUCAGGUCAAGGCCCUGGUCGCGUCCUUGGCGGACGACGCCAUCGGCCUUGUGGACGCGUUCGAUCAUCCGGAUUUCCUGCUGAACAGUGCCCUCGGCGCCAGCGAUGGUGAUGCCUAUAAGAGGCUAUGGGAGAAGGCCCAGACCGAGCCCCUGAACAAGAGAGAAGUCUGUGAUGGUUACGAGGAGUACAUCCGGCCAUUGCUGAAGAAGCACGGAGACUUUAAGAUGUAG